GCAGCGCAGGAACACACACCUCCCAGCCUGAGAUGAGGUGUGUGUAGAGCGUGUACACCUGUUCCACAUCUCCAUGUUCACAGCCCAGAAGACAGCAGACAGGGACAUAAAUGGCAAACUUCAAGGGCCACGCCCUGCCGGGCAGCUUCUUCCUGGUCUUCGGCCUGUGGUGGUCUGUGAAAUACCCACUCAAGUACCUCGGCAACAGAGGAAAGGAGAACCGCCCCAGCAAGUGUUACCAGCGCCUGGAACUCAUUGAGGGCAUAGCGAAGGCUGUGUUUUCUAUCAUAGGUAUACUGGCAGAGCAGUUUGUACCGGAUGGCCCUCAUAUGCACCUAAUUAAUGGCGAGGAGCACAGCUGGGUGAAGCUGAUGAAUUGGCAACAUUCUACCAUGUACCUGUUCUUUGGCCUCUCUGGAGUGGUGGACAUUCUUGCCUAUUUUCCUCUUAACGUUCCACAGGGGCUGGACCGUCUCUCAAUGGCACUGGCUGUUUUUAUUGAAGGUCUCCUGUUCUAUUUCCAUGUCCACAAUCGGCCCCCUCUGGAUCAGCACAUCCAUUCCCUGCUGCUCAUUGCGGUCUUUGGUGGCUCUAUAUCUAUUCUGAUUGAAGUGUUUCUGAGAGACAACAUUAUCCUGGAAUUAUUCCGCUCUAGUUUAGCCAUCCUCCAGGGAACUUGGUUCUGGCAGAUUGCGUUUGUGCUGUAUCCGCCAGGAGGAAGUGCUGAGUGGGACCAGAAGGAUCACGAAAAUAUUAUGUUCAUUACCAUGUGCUUCUGUUGGCAUUAUGCUGUGGCCUUGCUGAUCAUGAGCGCCAACUAUUUCCUAGUCUACUGCUGCUUGAAAAAGAGUAAAAAGAUUUCUAGUAACGGCAGUAUCAGCAUUCGGAAGUUAAGUACAAACAACACGGAGGCACAGGCAGCCUUACUUGCUGCAUCGGAUGAGGAAUAAAUUCUGAAACACCAAGUCCAGGGAAAGACUAUCCACCAAACUUCUGUGUAUACAAACAUGAUUACCAUACCUGCCAACAUUUUGAGAUGGGAACGAGGGACACCUACUUGCAAACGUAUGUAGGCAUAGGACACGCCCCCUGACACACCCAC